UCACCCUUUCUUUCUUAGUGAAGUUAACCUAUCAAAUAGAUGCAUGAAUCAAUAGAAAGUUAAAAAAAAAUAUUUGCCGACCAUAAACCAGUAUACAUGAAAGGCCAUUGCAAUGUUAUUAUUACAGUUGGUGCCAAUCAACUCUACGGCGAUAGUCUUAAACUUACUGGUUCAUUCAUGGCUCACCUUUGUUACUCAAUUGAAAUGGAGCCCAAGACCCUGAAUGAAGGAGAACUAAACGAUGCCAGGGUAGCAGCAGUAGACAUAAUUCAAAAAAUGGACCCCAAGAAAGCUUCGGAUGUGUUCACUGAGGGGCUGAGACCAGUUAUUUCAGUCAAAGAGAUGAAAGAGAAGACCGAAAGGAGAGAUCAACUUCACAAACUUGUCAAGUGUGAAGAGUUUGCUCAAGUUACUGAUUGCUUGUGCACCUUAGAAAACAUUGAUGAAUCACCUGACAAAGCUAUGUUCAGGGAGACACUUUCAGCGCCUUUUUGAAGUUUUCUGAUCUGAUGUACAGAUUAGUUGGUUUCAUCAUCCCUCAUUUUUUCUUUAGAAAUCUGUUUCUUUUAAUGGAUCUUGCUUUGGAGAUUUUGGGUUGGAGAUCUUGACUUGAUGGUUCCCCUCCACGGCACAUGCAUUUUAGGAGUCACCAUCAAUUCCCUUUGUCACUCUGUAGGAGUGCUCUGUAGGAACACUAACCUAUGUGUAGGAUGGAUAACUAUGUUUCUACUUCUGCUGAUUUAUAUAUAAAACUAUGCUUCUACUUCUCUCA